AUGAUAAUAUUAUUUUAUGUAUGCAUUUCUCUAUCUAUCGCAGGAUCAGCACUUAUGUUAACUCAUUUAUUCUUUUUUGAUAACCUUAAAGUAUUUGCAUAACGAAUCGUUGCCUGUCUCUCUAUAUCAGAUUGCAUUUAUGCUUUCGGAUUACUUUUAUAUGUAGAACCAUCAUUUGAAGGUUACGAUGUUACAAGGUUUUAUUAAUCAAAACUAUAUAGAUGUAUAAUUCAAGGAACCUUGACUUAAUUUGCUACUAUUUGUGCCUUUCUUUGGAGCACUUCAAUCUCAUAUUUUCUUUAUAUAUCAAUUACAAAAGGAUAAAAGGAAUUAAUUUAUUUUGAAAGAUAUGAAAAAUUUAUCUUUGCCAUAGGUAUCUCAUACUUCAUAAUAAAAAAGGUUUUGCUAUUCCAUUAUUGAUGGCAAUAAUCCCUUUAUUUUUUUAAUCAUAUGCUCCUACACCAUAAAAAGUACCUGCCACUUGUUCCAUAAGUUCAAAUGAUUAAGAAAAAUCAAUCGAAAUGAAUAGAAGCUUAAGUUUAUAUCUGAAUCUUACUUUAUUUUAUCUGCCCCUAUUAUCCUCAGUAUUAAUAUCUGUCUAUUUCAUUUUGAGAACAUAUUUUAAGACAAAAAGAAUAAAGAGUUCAUACGAAUUAUUGAAUAAAUAAAUAAACAUUCAAUAAAAAUUUGCACGUAAUUUAAUACUCUAUCCAUUGGCAUUAUUUAUUUGUUGGUUACCAUCUCAAAUAAUUUUUUUAAUUUUUGUAUUCAAAAAUAAUUGGAUUGAGUAAAUAUAAUAAGAUUACUUUGUGUCAUAAACUGGGCCCUAUUAUUACAUCAGAAUUGCAUAAUAUGGAAUCAGUUUUUUGUAAGGAUUCUUUAACAGUCUGGUGUAUUGGUUUAAUAGUUAUUAGAUGAGAAAAAGAUUAGAUUCAUUAGAAAGGGAGAAUUUAAAUUACCAAAAAACCAGAACCUUUUUUUCAAAUAAUAAUGAUUAAAGUGAAAGGAAAAGUAGCUAACUAUCUAAUAGUUUCGAAAAUCUUUAAGAUAUUUGA